AUGCGUUGGGUAAACAUCUCAUAUAUGGUUUCAACAACCCCGGUGCAGGAUGUGUGUUCACCAUCCCUAUAUCAUAGUAUAAAUAAUAAUAAGAAUAUCUCAGUAUCUGAAAAUUUAAAUGAUGAUAGAUCAUCUAAAAAAGAGAAUACCUCAAUUAAUUUUUCAUCCUCUAAUGAUAUACCUAUAAAUGUAUCUAUAAGCAUGACAUCUCCAACACCAAGAUCAUCACAGGUAAAUGAAGAAGUCAUAGAUAAAUGUCAAAAUAAUCAAAAAGAAAGAACACCUUUAUUAGAAUCAUUAGAAAGAAAUGUUAGAGUUAAUAAGAAUAAAGAUAAUAAUGAUUGUGAAAAUAAUAAUAAUAUUAAUAAUGGUAAAGAAAGUAUUAUUAUUAAAGAAGAAAAUGAUAUUACUAAUAACGGGACAAAUAAUAGUAAUAAUAUUAAUAAAAAUAUUGUGAAUAAUAAUAGUACAAAUAAUAAUGAUGGUACAUAUAAAAAAGUAAGAAAUGUAAUUCAAUGGAAAUUAUUAGGAUCAUUUGAUAAUGAAGAAGAUAUGCUUAAAGUAAGAUGUACACAAAGAGUUUCUAAAAGAAAAACUGAUACAAUAAGAAAUGGUGUAAAAUUAACAUUUAGAUGUAACGUAUGGAAAAGAACUCGAUGUACUUAUCAAAUGUAUGUUUUAUAUAGACAUGAUGGUAAAAUUGAUUUAUAUGAAACUGGUGUUCAUAAUCAUGAAAUUUCUACAAAAGCAAAAUAUCCUAAUCAUACACCACAAACGUAUCUUAAUGAAAGAUCUAAAAAAUAUUUAUUAAGUUUAAAAGAAAGUAAUAAUAAUGCUAUAAAAAGACCAGCUUCUAAUGAUGAAAUAAGUAAUUUUGUAAGAGAUAAUAAAACAAAAAGAAUGUCACCUAUAAUUUCUAUUAGAGAUGAAAUUAUAGAAGAUUCAGUUUUAGAGAGUAGUGGUAAUACACCAUUAAAUACAAUAUUAAAAUCAAUUGUUGUUAAUGAAAAAAUACAAAAUAUUGCAAAAUCUAUUGAUACAAGAGGAAUGGGAUCAUGUGAAAUAAAUUGUUCAAAACAAUCACCAUCUACUUCAACUACACCAAUAACAACAAGAAGUUUAGAUGAGUCACCAUUAGAUUUUUUAAAUGCUUUUCCUAAUAUUUAUGCUUAUACAAAUACCUCCUCCUCUACAUCAACUGCCUUUACUCAGGAUUCCUCAUUAAUCGUAAAAACGACAGAUGAAGAAAUUAAUACAGAUUCUGCCCCAGAAACAACACAUAGUUCUACCUCAUAUUCUUCUGGUGAUGCUUCACCUGUUAAUACAUCUUCAACUAUACAUUCACCAGCAUCAAAAUUUUCUCUUGAAGAUAGUGAAACAUUAUCACAAUUAUGUAAAAUAGCUCAGGAAUUGGAUCUUCAAUUUUCUUUUCGUGCUACCAAUGGUCUUCGAGAAUAUUGUUUCCAGUUAAAUAAUACAUCACAAUCAUUUCCAAAACUUAUUCUCAUUGACUAUGGAACGUCUAUUCAAAUAGAAGAACAUUCAAUAAAAAUUUCAGGAACAGAAAAAUGGUUAAAACAGGAUUUUAAUCAAUUUAUAUGGGCUUUAAGAGGUAAAUGUUGUUAUAUGAUUAAACAACAAUCUAAACAAAAUAUAAAAGGCUUUAAUUUUAAUUAUUCAAAUUUUGGAAAUAGUACCUACCUCGGUGUUUAA